GAAGGACAUCCUGCAGUACUGUUUUGGAGAUUGAGUGGGUUUGAGACCUCAUUGCUCUUUUUAAGAAGUGCCUAGAUUUAUGAUCAUUUCAUUCUUGAUACAUGAAUGAAACAAAAGUUACAAAUGAUGACAGAUCACAUCUUCAGUACCAUUUAAAUUAGCAUUUAUGAUAUACCCUAUGAACACUCACAGUAAACACUAAGUUGUAUUCAGCUAUCACCUAGUUAUGUAUUCGAUCUUUUAUUAAACUUUUGUAGCCUAUGGAGUAAAUGAUUUUCAAGAGGUGAAGCUCAGCAAUGACCUCAAUGCAUGAAAGAAAGCCUUGAGGCUUUCAUGGAUAGGUAACUUGAUUAGAGCAAACCUUUCUCGGUUUUUGUUGUUGUUAAUGAAAAAAUAUUCUGGCUUUUGGAGUAUUGCAUUUCGUAAAUACCUUCUCAAAUUUUCUUUCCUCAUUUGCAAAUUAAUGGUCUCUUAAAGUACAGGAGUAAAGUGAAAGAGUUUUCAUACAGCGUCUUUGGCAUAACGGGGGUACGGUGGGGAUUAGGGGUGGAAGCGGUGUCCACUAUUAUUUUUAUUAUUGGCGAAAACAAAUCUCCCGCAGAGAACACGUUUAAUGGCCAGCUGGGACUGUGAACCGUGCAGAUACUUAAUCCUUCCAGCAUUUCAACCUCCUUUGCGCGGAGCCUGCUUUUCCCUUUCUGCCCAUCAGUUGGCGCCUUUUGCCGUCCUUUUUUCCCCAAGCUGGCUUUUGGGGGCUGCGGUCGCUCCCCUGCUCGCAGGUCACAUGGCCUGCCAGAGCGAGGGGACCGCGCCAGAGCUGCACCGUGGGAGGUGAGGCUUCCGCGCGGGUCCAAGUCCUGCGGCGCCCGCUCCUCCGAGGCCUCAAGGUUCGGCGAUGGCUCCUCCGUGGUCAUGAGCCAGACAGCCUAGGAGACUUCGGCAGUGGCCAUCAACGUGCUCAGAGAACCGAGCAAACCGCUCUCACCCGGUAGGUUCCCGCUGCGAACGAUCUGCUCUGCCCUUUGGCAUCAUGACCAGAGCGGCCACCCGGGAGAUGUCUCUAGAGCGAGGGAAAAUGGAUUAGGGUUGCUGCAGCCGGCGCGCGGAAAGCAGUUGCAGGGGCUGGCGAGCCUGGGAGGGCCUGUGCCCCCGGCGGUGCGCUUUGGCGGGCUGGCUUCACUGCGGCCCCGCUCGUGGGGUCGGCUGCUUCCUGCGGGAGGAAUGUGGAGACCCCAGAAGGGCGUCCCCUGCACGGCCUGGGCCGGCAUCCGCGCACGGAUGACUAAGUGUCGCAGCAAGAACGCCUCCCUAUCCCUCGCCUGUUUCCUCGGCGCCGCUAGGCCGACGGAAAGGCGCGAGCCGGGCAUGGACGAGUCCAGGUUUGACUUGCAGUGAUUUUGGCCUGCGGUCCAGGAUGGUUUGUUCUUGGGACCAGACCUGACCAGAAGUCGACCUCAUGAGCACGUCAACCUCUCCAGCGGCCAUGCUCCUCCGGAGGCUGAGGCGGCUCUCUUGGGGCAGCACUGCUGUCCAGCUCUUCAUCUUAACAGUGGUGACCUUCGGUCUGCUGGCCCCGCUGGCCUGUCACCGGCUUCUGCACUCUUACUUCUACCUACGCCACUGGCAUCUGAACCAAAUGAGCCAAGAGUUCCUACAGCAAAGCUUGAAAGAAGGUGAAGCCGCCCUGCACUACUUUGAGGAGCUGCCCUCUGCCAACGGCUCGGUGCCCAUCGUCUGGCAGGCCACGCCGCGGCCCUGGCUGGUCAUCACCAUCAUCACUGUGGACAGGCAGCCUGGCUUCCACUACGUCCUGCAGGUGGUAUCCCAGUUCCACCGGCUCCUUCAGCAGUGUGGCCCCCAAUGCGAGGGGCACCAGCUCUUCCUGUGCAACGUGGAGCGGAGCGUGAGCCACUACGAUGCCAAGCUGCUGUCCAAGUACGUCCCCGUGGCCAACCGCUAUGAGGGCACCGAGGACGACUAUGGCGACGACCCUUCCACCAACUCGUUUGAGAAAGAGAAGCAGGACUACGUCUAUUGUCUGGAAUCCUCCCUGCAGACCUACAACCCAGACUACGUCCUGAUGGUGGAAGAUGAUGCCGUCCCAGAGGAGCAGAUCUUCCCAGUCCUGGAGCACCUUCUGCGGGCUCGCUUCUCCGAGCCGCACCUCCGAGAUGCCCUCUAUCUGAAGCUCUAUCACCCCGAGAGGCUCCAGCACUACAUCAACCCGGAGCCCAUGCGGAUCCUGGAGUGGGUCGGUGUCGGCAUGCUGCUGGGGCCGUUACUGACCUGGAUGUACACGCGGUUUGCCAGCCGCCCGGGCUUCAGCUGGCCCGUCAUGCUGUUCUUCUCCGUGUACAGCAUGGGGCUGGUGGAGCUGGUGGGCCGGCACUACUUCCUGGAGCUGCGGCGGCUGAGCCCUUCACUGUACAGCGUGGUCCCCGCCUCGCAGUGCUGCACGCCCGCGAUGCUCUUCCCUGCCCCCGCGGCCCGCCGGACCCUCACCUACCUGUCCCAGGUUUACUGCCACAAGGGCUUCGGCAAGGACAUGGCACUGUACUCACUGCUGAGGGCCAAGGGGGAACGGGCCUACGUGGUGGAGCCCAAUCUCGUGAAACACAUCGGACUCUUCUCCAGCCUUCGGUACAACUUUCACCCCAGUCUGCUCUAGCCUGCCAAGAAAUGCCUUUCUGUAACUGGCCACUUCUUGGAGAUUCAACUGUUGAGCUCUUUAUUUGGACCUGGUUGCUUGCAGAUAUUUCAUUGUUUUCAGGUUGCCAGGGAUAUAGGCACUGGGAUGGCCGAGAUUAAAUACAAGUCAAGAACGUCGGCUUGGGUAACCCUCAGGCAGAGGCAAGCUGUUCACUGUGGGCCCAGACCUCUCGCCCUCCACACAGCCACGUUGCCUCAUGCAGUCUGACCCACUCAAUGAUGGACAUUUAAAUACCACUUAUAUUCUCCUGUUUUUCAUUCUGCUUCGUGACAGAGUUUGUGACUGCCAAAAUUAUUGUGCACAGUGGUUCAACUGGUUUAGGAUUUUAAAGGUAGAAUAUGAAUGAUGAAAGGUGAGAUUCUCUUAUAGUGACUUCUUUCUCACUGGGCAUAAGAAUGGAUAUAUAGUUAGGAUAUAUAUCCCAAGAGGCAGGACCAUGUUGAUAGAUUCUAUUUGUUUCCUUGCUAUGACAUAAUAAAAGCUGCAUAGUGCCUGGCAUCUUGGAGGCAGAUGAGCUGGCUACUGUUACCUGGCAUUUUCUUUUCCACACAUCUGUAUCGCACUGAUAAUCAAUUUUGAUUGUGAGAACUUUAAGGCACAGCAAGAUCUGAAAGCACCUUCUGGAUCAUCAAGUCAGAUUGCUUAUGUUUAGUUUUCAAUUUAAUGUUGAAGAUUUCUAUCGUAUUCUGAUUCUUUGAAAGUUGGACAUUGCAGAAUGAUGUAGAAUGGGUGAGCUCUUUACUAAUAGCAUAUCCUUUUUCCCAACUUUGCUGGCUAAUCAUUCACCCUCAUUCUUUUUCUUCUAUAGCAUGAUGUUACAGCGGAAAAAGUAGGGACUGAAGUCAGAAGACCUGAAUUUUUGUAUCAAAUCUCUGUCAUGUCCUAGUGGUGUGAACUUAGGCAAGUUAUAAACACUCUGAGCCUCAGGUUUCUCACCUGUAAAAUGGGGACAGUGAUAUCUACCCUUUUAAGUUGCCUUGGGGAUUAAAUGACAGAAUAUGUGUAAAACACUCGCAAGUGCUUAUCUCAUAAAGGGCAUUUGGUGACUAUUAGCUCUUUUCUCUCCUAUAAUAAGCAUAUAAAACUCAAGUGUAUUUUGGAUAAAGGUAUUAGUGAUAUUUAAAGUGUGAGAUGGGGUAUAGGGCUGACACCUAUGGAGCAGCUGUUCCUGACCAAACACUACUAGAAUAAAGGUUGACUUUUCCUUGUGACUUUAGAAGGAUAUACAGCUCAGUUUCAUCUAACCCAAGCCCAAAAUAAGAAUUGUUCAUUCAAACUGAAAAUGAUCUAAGACUCCAGUUGAGCCUAUUCCAAGACUAGCAUCUGAAAAUUACUUUUCUCAAAAGUUACAAAUAAAUGUCGUUUGACAAUACUUAGCAAGCCAGUGGCCAGAGUCCUUAUGGUGGUGGGUGAUUACAUUAGAGUUCAAGCAGCUCUCUGCUGUGUUUUAGUGCCACGUCUUCUGUUUGCUUUAAGUUUUCACAAUGAGCUACUGUCUUGGAAUCUGCUUGAGAACAUCAAGGGAGUAACAGGGCUUCAUCACCACACUUUACAGAUGAACAAAGAGGCCCAGAGAUGUUAAAGGACUUCAGUUUCACACAGCUGAACAGCAGCAGAGAGGACUGGAAUGUAGUAGCUUUUCUGACUUCAAGCCCCUGUACUUUUUUCUCAACCACAUUCAUUUUAUAAAUAUCUAUGUAGUCAAAUUCUCUUUUGUGAAAUCUGUAACCUGGAUGAAAUAAUGUCUCUGUAAGCUAAGAUGGUAAAAACUCACUGUGGUGUUGGUCUUGGGGAACAAACAGGUGUCUGUGUGUGUUGUGUUGUUAUAGUGAGCUGUUAUGUAUCCUCCGGGAAUGUCCAAAGUGACCAGAGCUGCUAGGUGACUUACUGAGAUGCUCAGAUUCCACCCUUUCAUCCCUCCAACCCCACCCCAGUAACAGGUUCAGCCUCAUGUCUGAGAACAGAACCACCCCCAACCUAGAACUAAUUUGAGUUUAUUGCAUUAAUGAUUAGAUCUCCUUGUGGAAAGUUUGUGUCAAAUGAUAGAAUAUUUAAGCUAGCUAAUCCCUAGAUCAGAAUCUUUGCUGGUUUUCAUUUCUAUUCUUUCUAAUUCCAUUGUCUACUGCACACAGACAUCCCUUCCUGUGACUCCUUCCUUCUUGAUGGCUGAGGUCAUCUUUGUCUUGUCUUAUUUUCCUACCUACACACUAAGACAUCUUCCUACAUUGAUCUUAACUAGAAUCUGCCAUCCUUGGACAUUUUCUGCAGAAGUAACAAUCCUACCCACUUUUAUCCCUACCUGCUUUCUAGAUCACCCUUCCUUUUGUCUCUCAUUCCUAGAGUCCAAAUUGUGUACAUUGUCUUGGAUUAGGACUGCUGACAGCUUUACACCAAAGCUGAGGUCUCUCAUUUAAUCCUAAGCAGGGGGCUAGGGAGAAACUAAAGUCCCCUUCCAGUAUCAAUGGACAUAAUUAACCAGAAGGGUGAAGGUAUCUAAUAGUCCUGCAUACUUUUCAGAAUUUAAAUUAUUGUCAGAUCUAAGAAGCUCCCUAUUGUGACUGAGCGUAUUUGCAUAGACUUAUCAGUUCAAAUAAAUGAACCAUUUCACUGAGGCAUCCUAAGAAGCCUUGGUUUUCUCUCAUUUCUAUAGCUGGAUUUUUCUGAUAUGGUGAAUAGUAUCAAAACCACCCACACACUCACACUGUUGUGGUGUCCUAAGGUAGCCAUUCAAAAGUAUGGGCUGGAGAAAAAAAAAGUAUGGGCUGUUUGCCUAACAAUUCAUAACUGAUUUUCUUAUAUUUCUUAAAUGGAAACAUUUGAAUUGUGUGUGUGUGUUUUUCUACUGUCAUAAUUUUUAAAAAGUGAGAAUAUUACAGUGCAACUAGAGAAUACAAGUAGGAUGAAUAUAAUGAUAGGAUUAAUUUAAUUUACCUUGGAUACAGUCCUCAUUUGAGGGAAUUUAUUUAACUGGUAACUUAAUUUGUGUAAAGAGACAUUCUAACUGGAUUUGAUUAUUGUGGGAUUUUUAUAUAUACGAUGAUGCAUUUUGAAUUACGGUGACAUGAUACAAAAUUGGGUAAUUUUAAAGUCACACGAACCAUUUGGAUAUUUUUAUCCCGACCACAUGAAUUUGCUGAGAAAUGUUCAUUAACUGACACUGUCUUUUUUAGGUUGGAUUUUGUUUGAAAUACCUUUGGGACUAUGUGAAAGAUGAUUGGAGAUGUAAUUUUAAAGUACUUAAUAUAACUGCAAUGGAGAUGUGCUAUGGCUUCCAGUAGUUGGAUUACAGCAUUGUUGUGUCAACUGCUGCAUCUUCCUGGUAUUACCGAUGGGAAUCAUCUAGACAUGCACACCACCCAUGGUGACUCUCCAACAUAUUCUAGGACUUAUAGGCAAGAGGCUGGAAAGAGAAUGAAGGAAAGAUCACCACCUGGUGCCAAUGAACUCUUCUCAAGUUCUUUCAAUGCCUGUUCAGUUCAAUUCAGUCACUCAAUUGUGUCCAACUCUUUGCAAUCCCAUGGACUGCAGCACACCAGGCUUCCCUGUCCAUCACCAACUCCCGGAGCCUACUCAAACUCAUGUCCAUCAAGUUGGUGGUGCAAUCCAACCAUCUCAUCCACUGUCGUCCCCUUCUCUCUCCUUCAAUCAUUCCCAGCAUCAGUGUCUUUUCCAGUGAGUUGGUUCUUUGCAUCAAAUGGUCAAAGUAUUGGAGUUUCAGCUUCAGCAUCAGUCCUUCCAAUGAAUAUUCAAGACUGAUUUCCUUUAAAAUGGACUGGUUGGAUCUCCUUGCAGUCCAAGCGACUCUCAAGCUUCUUCUCCAACACCACUGUUCAAAAGCAUCAAUUCUUCAGCAUUCAGCUUUCUUUACAGUCCAACUCUCACAUCCACACUUGACUACUGGAAAAACCAUAGCUUUAACUAGACAGACCUUUGUUGGUAAAUUAAUGUCUCUGCUUUUUUUUUUUUCCGAUUUAUUUUUUUAUUAGUUGGAGGCUAAUUACUUUACAAUAUUGUAGUGGUUUUUGUCAUACAUUGACAUGAAUCAGCCAUGGAUUUACAUGUAUUCCCCAUCCCGAUCCCCCCUCCCACCUCCCUCUCCACCCGAUCCCUCUGGGUCUUCCCAGUACACCAGGCCCGAGCACUUAUCUCAUGCAUCCAACCUGGGCUGGUGAUCUGUUUCACCCUAGAUAAGAUAAUAUACAUGUUUCAAUGCUGUUCUCUCGAAACAUCCCACCCCUCGCCUUCUCCCACAGAGUCCAAAAGUCUGUUCUGUACAUCUGCGUCUCUUUUUCUGUUUUGCAUAGAGGGUUAUCGUUACCAUCUUUCUAAAUUCCAUAUAUAUGUGUUAGUAUACUGUAUUGGUCUUUAUCUUUCUGGCUAAUUUCACUCUGUAUAAUGGGCUCCAGUUUCAUCCAUCUCAUUAGAACUGAUUCAGAUUAAUUCUUUUUAAUGACUGAGUAAUAUUCCAUGGUGUAUAUGUACCACAGCUUCCUUAUCCAUUUGUCUGCUGAUGGGCAUCUAGGUUGCUUCCAUGUCCUGGCUAUUAUAAAUAGUGCUGCAAUGAACAUUGGGGUGCACAUGUCUCUUUCAGAGCUGGUUUCCUCAGUGUGUAUGCCCAGAAGUGGGAUUGCUGGGUCAUAUGGCAGUUCUAUUUCCAGUUUCUUAAGAAAUCUCCACACUGUUUUCCAUAGUGGCUGUACUAGUUUGCAUUCCCACCAACAGUGUAAGAGGGUUCCCUUUUCUCCACACCCUCUCCAGCAUUUAUUGCUUGUAGACUUUUGGAUAGCAGCCAUCCUGACUGGCGUGUAA